CGCGGGGGGAGUCGGAAUAGCUAAUCAGAUCGUCAAUGCAGUGCGGGGGGGCGUGGCAUGUAAGUAACCGGUAAACACAGAACUCCGCUCGAAACACGCACAACGGAGGUGAGAAAGAUAGACGUCCAGACAGAAUUGCGUUGUUCAGCGCGUCUACUAAGCACAAGCAACAGCAGCAAGAGGGAUAAACGCCUCUGCCGAAUGAAUUCUGAGUACCAAGUCAUUCAUUAUUGACCAGUCAUCAUGACCGACAGGAAGGCUGUCAUAAAGAAUGCCGACAUGUCAGAGGACAUGCAGCAGGAUGCUGUGGACUGUGCCACUCAGGCCAUGGAGAAAUACAACAUUGAGAAGGACAUCGCUGCUUACAUCAAGAAGGAGUUUGACAAGAAGUACAACCCCACGUGGCAUUGCAUUGUGGGUAGAAACUUUGGCAGCUACGUGACGCAUGAAACCAAACACUUCAUCUACUUCUACCUGGGCCAGGUGGCCAUCCUGCUCUUCAAGUCUGGUUGAACCCCUACACCUUAACCGCUACUCCCUAACCACCUGACCACCUACCUGGGUCAUCCUCCAGCUCUCUCUCCUCCUGUCUCCACUGACCGAGGCAGGCCGCUACUCCUCCCCUGGAUUGUGAUACAUUGAUGGUUGUGGCCACACACACAUUGAAGAGUUCUAGAUGAUUCUCCAUUGUGUCUGUGGGGUGCUGCAUGGGCCAUGUACAUGGUGUGUAUCUGUUGCAGUAUAAUUAACAUGAUGGGAUACACCCUGUCCCUAUACACUAUUCCUUAUGUAGUGCACUACUUUUGACCAGGGCUCAUAGGGAAUAGGGGGCAUUUGGGACACAACUAAUGACUACAUGUGUAUAUUUUGCAGUAUGAGAAUUGCUACUCACAGAGUUGCUGAAGGCCUACAAAGUAGAGAUUAUUAUGUUACGUUUUUGUUUUUCUUUGCACUGCUGUAUAAAAUGCUUUGACUGUUGGUUCAUAAAGAUUUGUUCAACACUA